AUGCUGCGCCGCAAGCCCUCCAACGCCGGCGACAAGGAGCCGGGACACAGGAAGCUCUCCCUUCAGCGCUCCAACAGCUUCAAAGACUUUGCCAAGGCCAAGGUCAGCUCCCCUGUGCCGAGCGAGAAGGAGUUCAACCUGGAGGAGCAUAUCCCCGAGGAUGAAUCCAGCAGUGGCCUCCCCGAGGACACCACACGGAGCGGUGGAAUGAAGCUGAGCAAGAAGUGGCGAGCAGUCAUCACCCGCACCAUGAACCGCAGGAUGGGCAGGGUGGCCGUGAAGGCCCUGGCUGAGGGGAAGCAGGGAGAAGUGGAGGAGGAAGAGUCCCCAUGCCCCCCAUCCCCGUCGGGCAGCGUGGGGGAGCCAAGCCAUGAGAAGCUGCCUCUGUCUUACGUGGAGAUGGAGGAAGAUGGACACCCAUCCUCCAUCAGCCGCCAGCUGUCCAGUGGCAGCGAGGCGCCCAGCCCCGGCCCGGGGAGCAGCCCAGGGCUGGAGGAGAGCAGCCCAGCCUACAGCGGCCCCUUCUGCGGCCAUGCCCGUGUCCACACCGACUUCACCCCCAGCCCCUACGACAGGGACUCGCUGAAGCUGCGGAAAGGGGACAUCAUCGGCAUCAUCGAGAAGCCACCCGUGGGCACCUGGACCGGGCUGCUCAACAACAGGGUGGGCUCCUUCAAGUUCAUCUACGUGGAUGUCAUCCCCGAGGAGACAGCCCCUGCCCGCAGGAGCCGAGGCUCUGGCAAGAGCAAGAGGCUCAAGCCCAAAACCCUCCACGAGCUGCUGGAGCGCAUCAAUCUGCAGGAGCACACCUCCACCCUGCUGCUCAACGGCUACCAGACCCUGGAGGACUUCAAGGAGCUGCGGGAGACACACCUCAGCGAGCUGAACAUCACCGACCCCCAGCACCGUGCCAAGCUGCUCACGGCUGCCGAGCUGCUCCUGGACUACGACACAGCCAGCGAGUCGGAGGAAGGCGCCAGCUCCGAAGCGCAGCCCUCGCCCUCGGAGCCCAAAGGGGACAUCCCCCGGGACUCAGGCUGCUUCGAGGGCUCCGAGGGCCUUGAGGGCAGCCGCGAUGAGGCCGAGCUGGGGGGUCCCGACGGGCAGCUGCAGGCUCUCUCCCUGGCAGAAUCCUCCUGA